GUUUUACCUCAUCAGCGGAGGCGUCCCUCUGAUCAUCUGCGGGAUCACAGCCGCCACCAACAUCCAGAACUACGGGCCGGACAGCGCGGGGGGCCCCUACUGCUGGAUGGCCUGGGAGCCCAGCCUGGGGGCCUUCUACGGGCCGGCGGCCUUCAUCGCGGGGGUGACCUGCGUCUACUUCCUGUGCACCUACGUCCAGCUGCGGCGCCACCCGGAGCGCAAGUACGAGCUCAAGGAGCGGAGGGAGGAGCCGCAGAGGCUGGCGGCGGCCGAGGCGGGCCCCGGGGCCCUGGGGGAGGCCGGCCCGGCGCUCUCGGCCUCCCUCCUGGAGAACGAGCACUCGUUCAAGGCCCAGCUGCGGGCCGCGGCCUUCACGCUCUUCCUCUUCGUGGCCACGUGGACCUUCGGGGCGCUGGCCGUGUCGCAGGGCCCCUUCUUGGACAUGAUCUUCAGCUGCCUCUACGGGGCCUUCUGCGUCACGCUGGGGCUCUUCGUCCUCAUCCACCACUGCGCCAAGCGCGACGACGUGUGGCACUGCUGGUGGUCCUGCUGCCCCUCGCGCAGGAACGCCUACCCGAAGCCCAACGCCAACGGGGACGCCCCGAGGCACGCGGCCCGCCUCCAGGACUCGCCGUGCCUGGCCACGGCUGGCGGCUUCGCGCACGCCCCCGCCGGCCACUGCAAGCUGACCAACCUGCACGCGGCGCAGAACCACGUGAACUGCCUGUCGCCCGUCACGCCGUGCUGCGCCAAGAUGCACUGCGAGCAGCUCCUGGACGACGAGGCCCGCGUCCACCUGCGGCCCGGCGCGCACCUGCACCGCUGCCCGAAGGGCCGAGCCAAGGCCCGCUACUUCAGCCGGCACCGGGCGGCCGCGGCCGAGAGGGAGUUCGCCUACCACAUCCCGUCCAGCCUGGACGACGGCAGCCUCCGCAGCUCCCGCACGGACAGUCCCCCCAGCGCCCACGAGGGCCCGCCGGGCCGCCACCGGGCCUGCUGCGGCCAGGCCGACCCCUUCCCCACCGUGAGCCAGCCCGAGAGCAGCGACGCCAGCACGGUCGUGUGCGGCUGCGGCCAGAUGGCCGAGGCCGAGGCCCGCUUCGAGCUGCACCCGCGGACACAAGUGCUGCCGUGUAACGCGGCCGGCCACGACGGGCUGCCCGCGGGGAGCCUGGACGAAGCCCUCGUGUACUGCUCCGACGGCACCGGCAACAUCAAAACGGGCCCGUGGAGGAACGAGACCACCGUGUGACGCGGGGCCGGGCGGGCCGGGGCUCCUGAGGGGGGUUCCCAGGGGUGCCUCUUCCUGGGCGGGACGGCAGCGCCUGCU